UACAUAGAUUUGGUAUCACUUGUACAAGAACUGAACUGGAUCCUCAAAAUCUAAUCUAACCGUAAACAAAUCACUACAAAAAAAAUUCAUCAAUUUUAAUUUUAUUACUAAUUAUUGUAAUAAUUAUUUGAUUUUAAUUUGGUGAAUAAAAAAAUCCAAUUAGGUUAUUCCCGAAUCAUCUCUUGGGUUCGGCAAUGGAAUUCAUCCAGAGCCGCGUUGAGCCAUGGAUGAGAGAACAAGGAGCUAGACUCAUGAAGGUUUCGUGGGGUCCACUUCAAUGGCGUCGUAUGAGAUGGCCAUGGACUAACCACCGUGAACAGAAGAAACGGAUCAAGGAAGAAUAUGAACGCCGUCGGAAACAGCUCAAUGAUCUCUGUCUUGCUCUUAAAACUGAUUCUCUUUCCGAUUUGCAGGAUCUUCUUUGUUGCAUGGUUCUAUCUGAGUGUGUUUACAAGAGGCCUGCUACUGAGAUGAUUCGAGCUGUAAAUAAGUUUAAGUCCGAUUUUGGAGGACAAAUUGUUGCUUUGGAGCGAGUGCAACCUUCAUCAGAUCAUGUUCCUCAUAGGUAUUUAUUGGCAGAGGCAGGGGACACUUUAUUUGCUUCUUUUAUAGGAACAAAGCAAUACAAGGAUGUAAUUGCUGAUGCAAAUAUACUUCAAGGUGCAAUCUUUCAUGAGGACGCUGCUGAAGAAUCUGACGCACAUGUAGAAACUGAAUCUGAUAAGGGUGAAAACCAAAGUGGAAAAGAAUAUACGUGGAAUCCUCUAGAGUCCAGGUCAAAACAAAUGAAGAGUAAAUAUAAACCUGCUGUCCAUAGGGGUUUCAUGGCCCGUGCUAAAGGAAUACCUGCAUUAGAAUUGUACAGGCUUGCUCAAAAGAAAAAACGCAAGCUUGUUUUGUGUGGCCAUUCACUUGGAGGAGCAGUAGCGGCAUUAGCUACUCUUGCCAUUUUGAGAGUAAUUGCUGCUUCAUCUUCAUCAAAGGAAAAUGGGAAUGUCUCUGUCAAAUGUAUUACAUUUUCUCAACCGCCUGUUGGAAAUGCUGCUUUGAAGGACUACAUUAAUAGAAAAGGUUGGCAGCAUUAUUUCAAGAGUUAUUGCAUCCCCGAAGAUUUGGUUCCCCGUAUUUUAUCUCCUGCAUAUUUUCGCCAUUAUAAUGCUCAGUCUGUGCCAGUGGCUUCUGAAACUGAAACUAACAGCUUAUUAUUGAGAGAACUGGAGGAAGGGGUAACAAAGCCAAAAGCCAAUGAUGGAGAACAGUUGGUUUUGGGAGUAGGUCCUGUGCAGAAGUCCUUCUGGAGACUCUCAAGGCUAGUCCCUAUAGAAGGAUUGCGAAGACAAUUUAGUAAACACCAAGAAAGAAGAAUAGAUUCUGUUGAAACAAGUUCAUCGCCUGAUUCUCUUGCUGAUACCUUGAUUGAGGAGGAAGUGGUUCAACCACGGUCACUUGAAAUACAGGAGAGUUCUGAUGGCAUAUCGCUCAAGCCUUUUCCUGAAACUGAUAAACAUUCAUUGGAGGUGUCGGCAAAUGGGAAAACAAAUGCAAAGACCAAUAACAUAAAUGGAGAUGAAGGAAAAUGGAACAGAGUACCUUAUUUACCAUCAUAUGUACCAUUUGGACAGCUUUAUUUAUUGGAGAAUUCCUCUGUAGAGUCACUAUCAGGGGCAGAGUACUCGAAGUUGACAUCGGUCAGAUCAGUGAUUGCUGAAUUGAGGGAAAGAUUUCAAUCACAUUCAAUGAGAUCAUAUCGAUCUCGGUUUCAGAGAAUCUUUGACUUAUGUAUGAAUGAAGAUGCAUCAUCUUUCUUAGGGAUUGAGCAAUGGCACCAGGCUUCUCAUCUACAGCAAUGGCUUGGGCUAGCUGCUGCAGACACUGUUGAGCUUGGGCAUAUAGUAGAGUCUCCUACUAUUCGAACUGCAACUUCUAUUGUUCCUCUAGGAUGGAAUGGUGUGCCUGGAGCGAAAAAUGGAGAACCUCUGAAAGUUGAUAUUACUGGUUUUGGGUUACAUCUCUGUACGCUUGUUCAUGCUCAAGUGAAUGGUGACUGGUGUUCAACUACAGUGGAAUCCUUUCCUUCUGCACCAAACUAUUCUUCAAAUCAAGAAAUUCAGCCUGAGUUACAGAAGAUGAGAAUAAUAGUUGGUGCUCCGCAAAGAACACCUCCAAAACAUCAAACUGUGUUAGACUCUUUGAUGCCUACUUUUACCUCCGUUGAUUCAAAGACUGCUGGUAGUUCAGCACCUGUUGACAAGGAUACAUCUGUCCGUCCAGAAAGUUUAAAUAACUUUUUAAUAUUUUGCACCAGUGAUUUUACAACUGUUUCCAAAGAGGUUCAUUUGAGAACCCGUAGAGUACGAUUAGUUGGGCUGGAGGGAUCCGGUAAAACUACUCUUUUAAAGGCAAUCGUGAAUAAAUGUAAACCAAGUACUGCCACUUAUGAUGAUGCAGUUUCAGAUAUUGACCUGCAAGAAGUUAUUGCUGACGGUUUGUGCUAUUGUGACUCUGCCGGAAUAAAUAUGCAGGUUUUCUCUUUUAGUCCUUGUUUUCCCCUGUUUUUUUUUACUGCUUUUCCCUGCAAAGUGGCCUGUGCUUUAUAUAUACACUUGGUUAUAAGGACCAAAAAUCAAAUAUUAUUUAUAGGGACUAAAAACUUAUUUAACCCUAAAAUAUAUAGUAAUGUUCAUUCGCUUUUUUAUUUAAUUGUUUUUCAGAAACUGAAUUCGGAAACCUCUCGCUUCAAGGAUGAACUGUGGGCUGGAAUAAGAGAUCUAAAUAGAAAGACAGAUUUGAUUGUUCUUGUUCAUAACCUAUCCCAUAGUAUACCUCGGUAUAGUGAUUCAAAUGGUACUCAACAGAAGCCAGUUCUGUCACUUUUCUUGGAUGAAGCUAAAUGUCUUGGAAUUCCCUGGGUUCUUGCAAUAACAAACAAAUUUGCAGUUAGUGCACACCAUCAAAAGGCAGCAAUUGAUGCUGCUUUGAAAGCUUACCAAGUAGCUCCUACCUCAGUUGAAGUUAUAAACUCCUGCCCAUAUGUUAUGCCUGGUUUUGCUGGGGCUUCUUUGUCGUGGGAAUCAACUAAUGCAGAACCCGAUAAAAGAGUGGGCGCUCAAAAGCUUUUAUUUGCUCCUAUCAAUUUCGUUCGAAGGCCUUUCCAGAAAAGGGAGAUGGUUCUUCAAGUUGAAGGUGUCAACGCACUGUGUCAGCAAAUCCAUCGUGUACUUCGCAGUCAUGAAGAGUCUUCUUUUCAGGAACUUGCCAGAGAUAGACUAAUGAUGGAAUUAGCCAGAGAACAAGCAGUAUCAAUUGAUGCAAGUAAAAAUGGUGGAGCUAAGGCAAUUUCAUUCAAUUCUGCUGCCGUGGGUGCAUCCGUUGGGGCUGGUCUUGGCCUUGUCCUGGCAAUUGUAAUGGGGGCAGCAUCGGGGCUGAGGAAUCCCUGAGGACCGAAUUCCUUCAUAAUAGGAGUUGGAUUGUUUCUUCUCCGUGCUUUUAAUGUUUUUUUUAUAUUUUGUUAUUAGGAUUACUUAGAUUGCAGGUAGAAGAAAUAUGUGAAAGGAAAAUUAAAUUUGUCACAUUAGCAACAUAUAGUUACUCAUUUAUUAAUUUAUUAUUGUAAA